UGUACUCUCAGCCUCAACACGUAAUUGUGUCUCCUCGGAGCCAUCGUGUCGCUUGGCAAGCAUCUUUCCUAUAGCAUUUAAGUAGCUUGCUACCCCGCCAGCUCCGCAGGAUGUACCUCAUCGAAUACAUACACCGUUCAAUACAGAUAACACAGAUCCUACGUGAACGAUACUUACCAUGCCUCACCACCACCCCGGAACCUGGGCCAGCAAGAGCGACAUCGACCCCACCAACGUCCCCUGGGCAGUAACAACUCAUCUUCUCGCCAUCAAUCAUGAACAGUUGCUUCGCGUUACAAGACACCCCUUCCUCGAGCGUGCCGCAAAAGGCACCCUACCAAAGCCUUUGAUUGCACAAUGGCUCGCAAACGACAGGCAGUACCUUCAAGGUUAUCUUGCUACUAUCAACCACACCCUCAACCUCAUCCGCAGUACGCACAAGUCAACGACUGCACCUGGUGAGGAGCCAGACAUUCCCACGCGAUUCAUUGCGUGGUUAGAAUCUGGUAUCAAGAAUGGAGAGAGGGAGUUGCGGUUUUUCCAAGAAGUUGCUGAGAUCUACAAGAUCGAUCUUCCCCCCUCACCACUCCAAGAGAACAUCAAAUCCGAAGGGCUCCGUCGCUAUGAAGCACUAUUCGCUAGUGUUGCUUCCCAACAACCAAACACGUUCAUGCCGUGGCUCGAAGGCGCCGUUCUACUAUGGUCGACUGAGAAGGUAUACUACGAGGCCUGGUCCUGGGCCCGCCGACAAGACGCCCAGUCUUCUCCUCGGAACUACGACAACGACCAAGACGGCGGUGCGAUGCGCCGAGAGUUCAUUCCCAAUUGGUCAAAUCGCGAUUUCCUCAUGUUCGUUGAGCAGCUUGAGCGCAUUGUCAACGAGGGUGUAAGCGACGCUGUUGACCGAGAUGAUACAAGAUGGGCAGAGGUCAAGAGCAGGAUUGAUCCUAUUUGGAGGGCCCUGCUCGACGCUGAAGAGGCGUUCUGGCCAGAUGUGCUCAGUGGCGAAGGCAGUCUGAUCGAGCCUGGCGUUAGACGCGGUGUCGAUGGCAAGAUGGAUGGCACCACGCUGCGCAGUACGGGAGAGGAUGAGAUUUUGAACGAGAGACAGGGCGUCCGUAGUGGAGACAUUACCACUUUGCAUAGCAACGAGUACGGACAGGUAGUGAACUAGAACGAUCAGAGUUGGCAGUAGGGGUGCUGCGUAAAGAGAGUUCAUUGUAGUUGCAGGGGGCGUGUGAUACACAUUUGUUACCCAAUGAAUCCAUAAUAAUAUCACAAUAUGUUGUACAUCUGACUUGUUUGUGAUCGGCCAUAACAAAGAACACUACAGCACCUCAUACAAGGAAAAACCUGAACAGGUCUGGUGGCUACAUUGACGUUGGGUCAUCUACUUUGCAUGUUUUCAUCUUGAUGUAGGCUCCAUAGUGUUCAGAUAUUUUCU